GAAUAUUAAUUUUCAAUAUCCAUCGGAUAUCGAAUCGAAUUCGGAUAUCGGAUUUUCUAAUUAGAUUCACAUUCGGAUAUUACCUGAUUCGAAAUUCGAUCCGUUUACACCCCUAUAUUUCACUAUGUAAAAUUGCAAUAAGAAGAUGGGGUUCUGAGCCUUUGCUUGUAAUGCAAACAAUGCCUGCAUGGAGUCAUUGUUUACUAGUAUUUCAUUAUCUAAAAUUGCAAUAAGAAGAUGGGGUUUUGAGCCUUUGCUUGUAAUGCAAACAAUGCCUCCAUGGGUCUAGGUGGUUAGGUAUAUUUUGGCAUUGAAGCUGUAUUACAGAGUAGUCUCUGAUUUCUUCUUGGUGGCUUUUAUUAUGGACACUGCAUAAACAAUCCCAUUGCCCAAUGUUGGUCCCAGUUAUUUGGGGUCUUGGGAGGGGUGGACUGGGAUACAAUCCUAACCUUUGGCUUUGCACAAAGUGGUUGCUCUCAAACUCGAACCUGCAUUCUCACACUUGACAACCUGAGAUUUUACCAUUACACCAAGUAAUAGUCCCUAUUACGGACACUGCAUGCAUUUACAAAAUUAGUGGGUUUUAAUCUAGAUAUUAUCAAGAUAAAAUCAGAUAUAAUAAUGUAAAAGUAUGGGUUUUAAGGUUUCUUGUAACAAAGGUUGCAAUAGUGCAAUGUAAGGUUGGCCAUGUGUAUGCAAUAUUGAAUAUAAAUGUAUGAAAUUAUAUGGGAGCUUGUUUACAAAAUACCAAAAUCUAUAUAUUGAUUACAUUCUCUUAGAAGAACAGACAUGCCAUGUGAAGGUUAACAUUGAAAAGCAAUGGAAAUUUAUUAGCUUUCUCUCCUUGAUAAACUCAUUUGCACACUGUAUAAUGUCUCAUAAUAUUUUGCCUUUUCUUACCUCAAUUACCAUGUUUGAAGAACUUGUCUUACUUUAAAGUCCUUGUUUCCAUCGUAUACCUAUCCCUUGGGAAUCUUGAAUUCCUUGUUAAAUCAAAUUUUGCUUCACUUUGGAAAUAGAUCCAAAUGGCAGAAUCUGGGAUCUUGUGGAAUUGGUUUCCUGGUUCCCUCUUCCAAUUCCAUUUCCAGCAGAAUCCAAACACAUUGUAGGUAUUUGAGGAGUAUCAUUGGUCAAAUAACUAUUAUUAUUCUUUGCACUCAAAGUAAUCAAGAGGAAAAAUUAUCAUUUGAAGACCAACAACCAUGUUCUGUCCUGAAUAGUGUUAUACCAUAUUGUUGGGAUGCUGCAUUUUGAUUCUCAGCUCUGAAUGAUCAUGAAGCAGUCAAUGUUAGUUAGCACCUUCUUUUUGAUAAUUUUAUUAGCAUGGAUUUGUUUUUUUGCAAGAGAAACAUUUAUGAACCGAUGCAUUCAAUUUUUUUGAAAUCUUUAGUUCAUAGCUUUAUAAUAAUUCAGCAGGAAAAUCCAGAGCCAUUUGUUAUAGGAAAGGCGGAGUUUUACUUUACCUUCUUAAAAAAAUCACUUUUGCCCCUCCAUCUUCAGAUUUAAAAGACCUUAGCUUCAGAAAUUUAUCUGAUCAUUUUAGUGAUUUAUGUUUGUAUCAGUAAAUGGUGAUAAGUUGUAUAUUACCGGAGCAGAGCCCCUUGCCUUUACUUUUUAUUUAGAUAAUAUCAUCUUUACCUAUCAAAAAUAAUAUUGUUCCUUGAAGGCCAGCAACCAUGGUAUGUUUUGGAUGGUGCUAUAAGCCUAUAAUGUAUUCUACAGGCUUCUGAAUUUUCGGUUUCAGCUUUUCAUACUUAAAUUGAUAAAAAGUACUCUGUUUAUAUUGAGAAAAAAGGUACCCUAUGUUUAGUAACACUUUUUUUCUGUUAAUAAAUUUGUUAUUGGAUCUGGUUGUUGUUUUACAAGAUAUUUAUGAAUCAAUAUGUUCAACUUCCUGAAAUCUUGUAUUGCACAAGAAUUGACAAGUGAUAAUCAGAAAGCUUGAAAAACUUCUGGUUAGGUUGGAGUUAUUUGCCUUUUCUGGGAUAAUGUGGUUUAGGUCUUUUACUUUUUAUAAAACAGCAAUGACUUUAUAAGGAUUAUCUCUUUAUGAAGUCAUUAAGAAUCUAAACUGUUUUGGCUUGUUAAGUUGUAAAUAGGUUGGAGUUAUUUGCCUUUUCUGGGAUAAUGUGGUUUAGGUCUUUUACUUUUUGAGUUAAGUGGAUCCUUCAAAGGGCAAUAAUAUGAUAAAUGAAGGAAAAAUUAUAGAACAUCAAUGGCUUUAUAAGGAUUAUCUCUUUAUAAAGUCAUUAAGAAUCUAUACUGUUUUGGCUUGUUGAGUUGUAAAUAAGAAAUUCCAUUUGUAAAGCUGAUAAAGAAUUCCAUUUGUAAAUAGUCAUUGAUAAAUCUACUGGUAUUGAGUUGCUUUUUGAGUUAUGUGGUACUUUGUUUGCACUUACAUUGUAAUGGAUAACGUUACCAUUUGAUUCUCUUUGGCAUAUGGAUCUUCAUUAAAUGGGAUGGAUCAAAUUUCCCAUAUUCAAUCACGACGAUAUUUACUUCUCUUUUAUGUGUUUUUGUGUUUCAGUUCUAGUUGUUAUUAUGUAAAUACACAAGAUUUAAGUUUACUUAAAAGAUGAAGAAUAUUUUGAGGGGUGACUUUUGAAUUUUGAUUGUAGUUUGAAUGGGACUUCCUGUAUAUAUAUUGUUUGUAUGGAUGAAUAUAUUUAUGUUAUCAAUGAGCUGGACAAUUAGAAUGGGAAUGUGAUUGCUCCUAGAUACCAUACUCGAGAUGGUCACAUAUAAGGAUUUCUCGCUUCAUUAACUAUAAAUGGAUGGUAAUAGGAUGGACUCAUCUGUAUCGCCACUAUGCCAGAAGAGAGCAAUGGUGGAAGAUUGUGAAGAAGAGGAAAGGCAUGAGAAAAUCUUUGUGAGUUCCAUUAUGCUUCUAACGACAAUGGCAGCAUGGUACCAUCGGAAGUCUAUUGUGAAAGAAAUGCCAGCUGACAAGGCUGAAAAGAAUGUUGAAAGGCAGUCUGUUUUUGAGACUUUAUUUUCAGAAACAUAUUGCAUGGAGCAAUUACAUAUUUCAAAGCAAAGCUUCUUAAAGCUGUGUACAAUCUUAUGUGAAAAGGGUGGAUUGGUUGAGACAAAAAAUGUCCCAGUAAAAGAAGCUGUUGCAAUGUUCCUGCAUAUCCUUGCACAAAAUCUGAAGUAUAGGUUGAUUAAGGUUACUUAUUGUCGUUCAGUUGAAACAAUAAGCAGGCAAUUCAAUAGAGUGUUACGAGCUGUGAUGAAACUAAGCAAGGAUUUUUUGAGAUCGUAUGAACCAAAACUUCAAGGCCAGGAGGCUGAAAAAUGGAAAUGGUUUGAGGGUUGCCUUGGAGCAUUGGGCAGGACAUUUAUCCCAUUAAAUGUUCCUUUGGAAGACCGAUCUAGAUAUAGGAAUAAAAAAGGUGAAAUUUCCACAAAUGUCUUGGUAGUUUGUUCUCCAGAGAUGAAGAUCAUGUAUGUAUUGCCUGGGUGGGAGGGAUCUGCUUCAGACUCUCAAGUAUUACAAGAUGCCUUGACAAGACGCGACCACCUUCAUGUUCCAUCUGAUAAAUAUUUCCUUGCGGAUGUGAUAUAUGCAAAUGGGCCUGGAUUUUUAGCUCCUUAUCAAGGGACACGGUAUGACUUGAAAGAAUGGGCUGGAAACGUUCCUACAAAUUAUAAAGAGUUGUUCAAUCUUCGGCACUCAACUGCAAUGAAUGUAAUUGAAAGAACAUUUAAGCUUCUGAAAAGGCGGUGGGGUAUAUUGCAGACAACAUCUUUCUUUGAUUUGAAGACUCAAAUUAGGAUCAUUAGUGCUUGUUGUAUCCUUCAUAAUUUCAUACUAGAUGAGCAGCCAGAUGAUCUAUUAUUACAAGAUAUUGAUCAUGAGUUAGAAGCUGAGCUGGUUCCUAAAAAUGCAGAUGAACCUGGCGAUGAGAUUGCAUGUGUUCAAGCAACAAGUCAAUGGGCAGAAUUUCGAGACAAAUUAGCUAUGGAGAUGUUUGAGACUUUUCAAGGCCAACAAGGCUAUGAAAAUGAAUUUUGAUAUUUAUUUCUCUUUUUAUUGUAGCGGAAUUGUUUGAUCCAUAUUUUGAUUUUUCUAUGCUUUCUUUUCAUCUAUCUCCCAACAAUUUUUUUUUGGUUGUAGAAUUUUCAUAUUGUAAUUUUUGUAUUCAUCUUAAUUGUAGAGGUGACAUAUAUUUUGUAUU